UGCCAUUAUAUUAAAAGAACAACAACAAAGUCUGUCCACAUGGAUAAACACUCACAGAAGACCUUCAUUGUUGGAUUUAUUAGUUUAAUGAAGUCUCUAAAAGAACACAGUUGUUUUCCAUGUUGGAUUACAAACCUUCUGAAAGGGAAACCAUCACACCUGAACUCACUGGAAAGCUACAGUUUAAAAAGGACGUUUCAAAGCCGAGGUGCAAACGUAAUCGAAGCAUCAUCUCCUGUUGUCUUUGCCGUGACCUUGAAGAUGCUGCAGAGGACCCGAGGGUACAUAAAAUGAUGCAUCAUCUGUCAUGAAGCCGUGAUUAAAACCUGGAAAGAAAGACAGAGUUACCAUGGUCGUCUCACCUGAGGAAUUAAUUACCGGCACAAAGAUAGAGGAAGGCUCGCUUAGCGUCUCCUCAUUUCCAUAAUAAACAAGCUGAGCUGCAGCGUCUAAAGCGUCUCUCAUCACAGCUGUACGGGACUCUAACCAGGAAGCUGCAGAAUGCCGAGCCAGCUCGAGGGCGCAAUGGAUGCGCUGAUAACGGUUUUCUACAACUACUCUGGAAACGAUGGAGACAAAUACAAGCUCAACAAGGGCGAGUUAAAGGAUCUCCUCAACAGUGAGCUCACCGACUUCCUCACGUCUCAGAAGGAUCCGAUGCUGGUGGAGAAAAUCAUGAACGACCUGGACUCUAACAAAGACAACGAGGUGGAUUUCAAUGAGUUCGUUGUGUUGGUGGCCGCCCUGACUGUCGCCUGCAACGACUUCUUCCAGGAGCAGAAGAAGAAAUCCAAGUAGAUGUCUGUCGGAAAAAAACUAAAUCGUCUAAAAAAAGAAAUGUCAUCACAAUAAAAGCAACACAGUAAAUGUCCCAUCGGUUGAAUAAUGUGUACUAGCACUCCCCCACUGUAUAGGAUGUAAUGUUUAUGAACGUAGAUAGACACCCUGUCUUAUUGUCACAGAUUAAACAAUGUUCUUGUUUUACCAAUUUUCAGCCUGGAGCUGUUAAACAAUGAUUUUUCUGACCCAAAUUAUAGUCAUGUUUAUAUAAGAGUGAUGUUUGUAACUGGAAAAUAUAAAAAGAAAAAUGUC